GUUAUUUCAAACAAUCUGUUUAAUGGAAGAUGGAGCCUACCAACAAACACUUUCUGAGAAAUUGUCCCUUGCCAUUGGCGUUUUCUUCAGCCUUCUUUCAAUUAGAAUUUCUGCAACUGUAUCUGAAGUUUCCCCGAUCCAGUGAUUCCAAUUUCCACACACAUUCCUACCAAGGCUCUUAAAAAGACCAUAUUCAUACUCUUAACAAUAGCAUCAAAAUCAAAGUCAACUCUUGAAUCAGCAAUGAUCACUGAUGUACCUUCUUCUUCUUCCUCUCCCUCUCCCUCCGUCAAGACCUGUAGAUGGAUCAACCAUGUAUUCAUCAGUUUCAGGGGUGAAGACAGCAGAAAAGGCUUCACAGAUCACCUUUAUGCUGCACUGGAAAGAAGGGGUUGUAUCAAAACUUUCAAGGAUGAUCAUGACCUUGAGAGGGGGGAAAUCAUAUCUGAAGGGCUCAUCAAGGGAAUUCAAGAGUCCAUGUUUGCGCUUGUUGUGCUCUCACCAAACUAUGCUUCCUCAAGAUGGUGCUUGGAUGAGCUGCAAAACAUCGUUGAGUGCAGGGAAAAGUUCAACCAAGUGGUUUUUCCUAUCUUCUAUGGUGUAGAAUCCUUUGAUGUAAGGUAUCAGAGAGGAACCUUUGAAGAAGCUUUCAGAAAACAUGAAGAGAGGUUCAAAGAAGAGAAGGAGAAAGUCCAAAGAUGGAGAGAUGCAUUGCAAAAAGUUGCAAGUUAUUCCGGUUGGGACUCCAAAGAUAAGUGA